ACAACUUUUUCCAUCGAUCUGGCAACUUUAAAAAACAAGCGUGCAAGUAUAUUUACCUGUAUAAGAUUUAUUCUCCCAAGAAAACCAAAAUAAUGAGCGACAGCGAAACGGAGGACACAAAAAUCAGCACAGAACCUGUGGACAAUGCCUGGGCCAUGAAAAUACCGGCCUUCAAGCAGGAGGACAAUCCACACGGCAUGGUGGAGGAGAGCUCUUUUGCCACGCUAUUCCCAAAAUACCGCGAGCGCUAUCUCAAGGAAGUAUGGCCUUUGGUGGAACAGUGCUUGAGUGAGCACCAUCUGAAGGCGGAAUUGGACCUGAUGGAGGGCAGCAUGGUAGUGAAGACGAGCAGGAAAACAUGGGAUCCUUAUAUCAUCAUCAAAGCGAGGGAUAUGAUCAAGCUGAUGGCCAGGAGUGUUCCUUUUGAGCAGGCGAAGAGGGUCUUACAGGACGACAUUGGGUGUGAUAUCAUAAAAAUUGGAAACCUGGUCCACAAGAAAGAAAAAUUCGUGAAACGUCGCCAGCGUUUAAUAGGACCCAACGGAGCCACCUUAAAGUCUAUUGAACUGCUCACCGAUUGCUAUGUUUUAGUUCAAGGAAACACUGUCUCCGCUCUGGGCCCUUAUAAGGGCCUCCAGCAAGUAAGGGACAUUGUCCUGGAGACCAUGAACAAUGUGCAUCCCAUUUACAAUAUUAAAGCCCUCAUGAUCAAGCGGGAACUAAUGAAGGAUCCCCGCCUUGCUAACGAGGAUUGGUCUAGAUUCCUGCCCAAAUUCAAGAACAAAAACAUAAGCAAACGUAAGCAGCCGAAGGUGAAGAAGGCAAAGAAGGAAUACACACCAUUCCCGCCCAGCCAGCCCGAGAGCAAGGUGGACAAACAGUUGGCUUCAGGCGAGUACUUCCUUAACCAAGAGCAAAAGCAGGCCAAGCGAAACCAGGAGCGCACUGAGAAGCAGAAGGAGGCGGCCAAGCGGCAGGACGAACGCCGCAACAAAGACUUUGUACCGCCCACGGAGGAACCCGUAUCUUCAAAUCGCAAGAAGGAGGAAGCGUCUUCCCCCAACAAGGUAGACGUCAAAGCUCUCAAGGCCAAGCUAAUAAAGGCAAACAAGAAGUCUAGAAGCUGAUAGUUUUUAUAGUUUUAAUUAGCCGUAGGUUUAUUCAAUAAAAACAAUUUUGUGAGCAAAA